AUCAACAGUCUGACCCUUGUUCUGUCCCUGCCCGUGUGGCAGCUGGGGGAACCAAGGCUCCGAGAAAGGACGGCCCAGGCAGCGGCCGGGUUUGUCCUGUCUGCUCCAGGGAGACCUCGUGUCUUUGGGUGUCUCGACCGGCUGGCUGCCGAUUUGCUGGAGGCACAAGGAGUGGAAGCGGGGCUCCCUGGAGACAGUUCUGCACACUCAGCUGCACCCGUCCCCGUCCCUGGCAGCAGCCCCCUGCCCCACCCUGUGCCCGGCAGGUCCAGGGGGCAGAGCCCAGGGAGGUCCGGGCGUAAGCCCACCAGGAUGCCCUCCUCAGGGCUACUUAGCAUCAAAGGUUCUGAGCGAAGAAGCCAGCACUACCCACGCCAGGACACACGUCACUGUCCCAGCCUUCUCCCAUGUGGGCUCAAAGCUGGCCCCAGAGUUGCUGAGGGACAAGAAGUUGGGGAGUUCUGGCCAGCGCCGCUGCUCACUAGGCUAAUCCUCCGCCUAGCGGCGCCGGCACACCGGGUUCUAGUCCCGGUCGGGGCACCGGAUUCUGUCCCGGUUGCCCCUCUUCCAGUCCAGCUCUCUGCUGUGGCCAGGGAGUGCAGUGGAGGAUGGCCCAGGUGCUUGGGCCCUGCACCCACAUGGGAGACCAGGAUAAGUACCUGGCUCCUGCCAUCGGAUCAGCGCGGUGCGCCGGCCGCAGUGCGCCGGCCGCGGCGGCCAUUGGAGGGUGAACCAACGGCAAAAGGAAGACCUUUCUCUCUGUCUCUCUCUCUCACUGUCCACUCUGCCUGUCAAAAAAAAAAAAAAAAAAGUUGGGGAGUUCUGAGAAUGAGCCAGAAAGGGAGGGAUGGGCAGAGAGAGGCCUGCUGGACACAACUCAGCCAAUGCCCCUUCUCUGGACGGAAGACAUUAGGGUCAGCUUCCUGCCACCAGCAUGAGAGAGUCCUCGGGUCACAGGGACCAGAGAACCCCCCACCUGGCCUUGAGCAGGGACCCACUGGUUCAUCCGGGAGGCAGUUCCAGUGGGUCCCUGCAGGGCAGGAGGGAAGGGAAGGAGUCAGCAGGACAGGCUGUAUGAGCCCCUGGGGCACAGUGGGCUGCGCCCUCCAGCCAGGAGGCCCCCAGUGGGGGACCAGAGGGGCUGUCCCAGGGGCACGAGCUCCCCAGCCCACCAGAAAGUGUGUCCUGCAGAGCCGCACAGCCCCCAGGUCACUGUGGGGGGUGAGGGCCGAGGGGCCCCAGACAGAAGCAGCUCUCAUUUCAAAGGGAGAGGAACCAAGGCCAGGACAGCAAAGGGACUCCCCAGCACCCGGAAUAGGGUGAUGGCCCUGGGUCGACUCAGGCGUCUCAGUCACCGCCCUAGCACGCGGUAACCCCCUGCCGGCCCCGCCUCCAUCCACCAGGCGACCGGCUGGGGCUGCACCCCAACAACACAGCUCCGUUAGGAUGAUCCUGAUGGGCGCCUGCUCAUAGCACAGUCUCUGCUGCAUGGUAGGAGCCCAGAAGUGGUUGCUAAUACACACGUGAAUACAUGUAGAAUCAUAAAUGCGAUGCGUACGGUGUUAUGUGUAAAAAGAACUCCCUGUUUGCUUCUGCGUAGGUACACCAGACGUGGAGCCCGGAGGUUUCUCUUCUCCUUGCACCAGAAUCAGGCCACUGCCUUCACCACUGCCGACUCCAGAGCACGGCACGUGCGGCUUUCCGGGCGGAUUUCCAGGACCGUUCUCGAAGGUAACUUGCCUCUCUGUCCCUGAGCCCACGCUCGGCUUUGAACCCAACACCAGAGGAGCAGACAGGGAUUGUGGCUGUGGAGGCCCCUGAGGCACGCUGCGGGAGAGACGUUUGCUGCGGCUGGCGCUGUGGCACCGCGGGUUAAGCUGCUGCCUGCGGUGAGCGUUCUAUAUGGGCUCCCGUUCAAGUCCCAGCUGCUCCUCCUCCUCCUCCUCCUCUUCUUCUUCUUUUGUGAAAGCUUUAUUUAUGUAUGUGAAAGAGUUACACACAGAGAGGAGAGGCAGAGGGAGGUCUUCCACCCGCUGGUUCACUCUCCAGUUGGCCUCAAUGGCCAGAGCAGCACCGAUCCGAAGCCAGGAGCCAGGAGCUUCUUCCGGUCUCCCACACGGGUGCAGGGGCCCAAGGACUUGGGCCGUCUUCUGCUGCUUUCUCAGGCCAUAGCAGAGCUGGGUCAGAAGUGGAGCAGCUGGGAC